GCAACAUAAAUAAUAGUACAAACUCUUAAUACCUAUUUUUUUGACUACAAACUGAUUAAAUAUGGUUAUAUGUACGUACUUUCUAAACAGCAAUUGCCGUUUUGGGUCGAGAUGCAACAACGAACACAUCGACAUAUGUGCUCUAGUGAAGAAUGAAGUCGAAGUGACGCUAAAGGGAAAUCAAUGGCCAUUGUCGACUUUUGGGCCGUUCAAAGACCGCUGUUCGAUCCCGACCUUUAUCGAGGACCGGAGCUUCGAGGAGAUUCGAAUGCUGUACCUUGAAGCGAAAAUGCAGAACAAUCUUCCCGCCCAUGAGAUGCAGCUAGGACAAAUGAUAAACGAUGCAAAAGCAAAGCUUCAAUGGCUCGCCACAAUGAAUCGCGACAUCCUUUCUACGUUGGUCGAGCUGUACAACCAACAGGAGCCUAGCACGAAACCAGUCGGCGCCGCAGCGAAUCCUUUCGCUUCCGUUGGGUCGUUCGGAGCCAACACUACGGCAGCAUCCAAUAUAUUCGGUGGUUCUACUGGCACCGGCAAUUCCUUCGGCACCGGGUUCGGUGGCUCGGCCAAUGUUGCCACCCCGAGUACCGGUAAUAUUUUUGGCGGACCAAUUACUGGCCAAGCCGUGCCAUCAACUGGAAAUAUUUUUGGUGUUGCUUCCACGGCGCCAAAACCGAACAUAUUUGGCGCAGCAGCUCAAUCCCAACAACAGUCACAGAUCAGUAGUGGAGGAAAUAUUUUCGGAAUGCAACAACCAGCGCAACAUUCCGGCAACAGCGUUUUCGGAGGACCGGCCACUAUGAGCGGUGGUCUCGGAAUGUUUGGAGGCGUGCAGCAACCUCCAGCGCAAAUCACUUCCUCCAUCUUUGGCUCGGUGCCUCCACCGAAUCCGAAUGCAGCGGCAACCGGAGGAAACAUUUUCGGCCACUCUCCGGCACAGAUAGCUCCCGGUUUUGGGCAACAGUCCAGCAACGCUUUUGGAAUGGGCGCUAGUGGCAACCUUUUCAGCAGCAAUUCGACCUCAGCCGGUUUUGGAACUUUAUCAAAACCCCAACAUACUGGAAGCGUAUUUAACUCCGUGUCCUUUGGAGCACCUACAGCGACAUCGCCUUUUGUACAACCGCAGGGCCAAUCAAUGCCCGGUGCAGCAAGCAUUUCGUCUCAGAGUUUAUUUCUUCCGGCGCCCACCGCAGCAUCAUCGAUUGGUUCCAAUGCCUUUGGUGCACCGACCCCAGUGCAGCCCGCCUUAGCACCACAAUCGGCUACCAUGUACAGCAAAAUCGAAGAUAUUCCAGCAGAAAUUGUAUCUGCCUAUAAUGCGGAUCAGUUUCAGUUGGGCCGAAUUCCGUCCGUUCCACCACCCAAAGAACUGUGUCAUUAACGGUCCAAACUAACUGAUGGGUGAAAAAUAAAUUAC